AUGCCACCCUCCCUGCUCCCGCAGGGCGGAGACUCAGCGACCAGUAACGACAUGUCCGGUAUGGACAUGUAUGUUACUGAAGGCUCCUUGCCUACAGUCGAAAACACCCUAGCGGAAAGGUUAACCAAGCUGCUUGAUACCUUAAUCCCUAGGAUGGAAAGUCUUGAGAGGGUCGUCUCCGGCCAAGCUUCCAAGCCAACCGGAGCAACUCGCGCAGACUCCUUUAACACCCUCCUAGUGAGGAUUGAAGAGAUAGCGGCCAAAAUGACCAGACUGGAAAAGAAGGUUGAGGCUUUGUCCUCACCUCUCUCCUCCAACAUGAUGGCUCAGACGACCGCUAAACCAAGCAUCUUGCCUCCUAGACCAGCCCCCCUCUAUUCAGAGAAGGCGGCCGGGAUCUCCAAGCCCGGGGCGGCCAAGUCUCUGCCACUGGUUCCCCCCUCUUUGUAUAUCAACAGGUUUAAGCUUGGGCAGGUAGUGAUCAGGAAGAAAUUCGAUCAGCCCAAACCCUUUGAAGGCCUAACAGCGGCAGCCAUUUGCCAGAAAAUCAAUGACGCACUCGAUUUUGCUAAAGCGACGAUUGACAAUGAAGUUAUCAAGGUAAAAGCGGUUGCACAAUUUCCAAAUGGAGAUGUCAAAAUUUUCACUAAAGAUCGACGAGCGGCCAAAUGGUUGUUAGACAAUAAACACCUUUGGACCGAAAAAGCUGACCCGGUUUUUGUCACAUCCCAAGUGGCUCACCCUGUCCUCCUCCACUCCUGCCCCACCAGCUUCGAAGUCGACAACAAAGAGCAUGUUGAGCUCCUUUGUAAACAAAACAAUAUCGAGCCAAAGGAAAUCCAAAAGAUUCGUUGGCUCCUCAAUCCCAAAGGGACGGGUAAGGCUUCCAGCACCCUUUUGAUUUUCUUCUUCAAUAGACGUCUGGCCCUUGACAUCGAAAGGGCCGGACUAUGCUACAACAGCUUACACCUUAAAGGGCAACACUACCUUCAAGGCCCAAAGCAAUGCUAUAAUUGCCUGGCUGUCGGUCACUUAGCUCAUUCCUGCAAAGAGAAACCACUCUGCUCGCGUUGCGGAGCAGGACACAACUCAGCCUCCUGUGACGAAAUGGAGGACUCUAGCAGAAACUGCCAGCGAUGCCUGCAAGUUGACCGCAAAUCCUCCACCACCGUUGACCUAUCUGAUCCGAAAUAUGAUCAUUCCCCCUUCAGUAGUGCUUGCCCUAUCCGGGCUAAAGAAAUAGAAAAACUAUCCAAGGAUAAGACCCCCAACCCCCGACAAUGA